ACUUUUGUGAUUCAGUCAGGAAAACCCAACAUUGUGUAUUGCAAUAUUUGCAACGUAAUUGUAUGGAGUUCGCAGUGUAAAUAGUGUGCGCAAAUUGUUUAUUUAAUAAUGGCACAAAUAUUCCAAAAUAAAGCCUCACUUCAGUUAGUAGAAAAUCCUAUAUCCCAAUAUAGAUUUUUAUACAGUUCUGAAGCGAUAAUGACCAGACGUCCAGCGUUGAAAGGUUUAAAUUCUAAUAAUUUUGGAAAUAAGACCCAUCCUACAGUAGAAAUUACAAAUUGUUCAGGCAGUGUAAUUAUUAGAUGUUCCAUUUAUCAGACAAAUGCAUUUGGUAAAGAUUUUUUACCGCAUGCUAAUGAAUUAUUUAUGAAAAUUGGUCAGGAUCUACACUACGAUCCUCAUCAUAUUUUUGUUGGACCUGAAAAUGGCUAUAGAGCUGUGUUUAGUAAUCUGCUGAUAACAAUGACUAAAACAAAAGAUGUUGUAUCAAGUUUGGUAAGAAAAAAAAGUCAACUGAAGAAAGAACAUAUCGCAAGAACAGAAGGGUUCAUUAGAGAACUGAACGCCAAGGAGUUGGAGGAGAUACAAGAAUUAGCUGAGAUAGAAAGUAAACAUAUUAAUAGUCACGUAAUAUGUUUACGAUUCGAUGCUUUUAGCGAAAAAAAUGGAAUUUUAUAUCCCAUCUGUGAACCCCUUUUUUCAGAACCUGUUUUCAAUAUCUACAUGGUAAGGAAUAUUUCAAGACUAACAGAAGAUAAUACAACUGCAUUGGCCUUUCUCAAGUUUAGAAAUCAAGAACUCAUUAGAGGUAUUACUCCUGAAAAUGAUUCGAAAAUAUACAUGUUGAGUCGUGUCAACAGCCGCGCCAAGGGAAAGGCCAAUGUAACUUUAUUAGUUAAUUUGGAUAUGGAAGAUAAUACUAGUAACAUCAAAGUUCGCUUCUUUGAACUGGACAAUGAAGGUAAUUUAGUUUGGGAGGAUUGGGGAAGAGAAGUGAAUGUAUUUCAUCAUGGAAUUGUGAUUAAGUUGCUCACUCCGGAAUACUACAAUCAAGAUAUUACCACACCUGUCAAUGCUUUUAUUGAAUUAGUACGUCCAAUGAGAUACAUUAGUCCGCAAUCAAAAUCUUUUCGCUAUAUUCCCAAUGCUACUAUCUCGCGCAAAUAUGUACACGAGAGGCGAAAAUAUCUAGCAGAGAAACGAAAACUGGCCCGUACUAAAGUUUGUAGCGACAACGACAAAAUUCAUAGCAGGUUAUCUGCGGCGAUUAGCAAUUUACAAAUAGAUCAAUUUACUAAUAAUGCAUGUACUUCAAGAGGAUUCAGUGAAGAUCUACCAAUAGCUGUCAAAAAUUUCAAUUCUGUUGAGUUCAAGACAAUGUAUUCAGAGUAUCAACAAAAAUUUGCACCCCAUUUUAAAAAAUUAGAACUUGAUAAUUCGGAGUCUCAUGGUAUUUCACAGUCUACAAGUCAAUUAUCUUGGCAACUUAUCUCACUUAAUGAAGAUUAUAUCGCAGUCACUGCUGAUGAAGAGUUAAUGGCAGUUACAGUAGUAGAAGAAGUGAUACAUUUCAUUAGCAGUGUACAUACACCACAACAAGCUGUUCAAAUGCUAACUCGCCUUUUAGGAAAGAAUUACGUUAAAAAUGCCUUGAAGGUUUUCAUUUGCAUGAAUAAAAAUCAAAUAGCUUUAUUUUUCAUAAAAAUUAUAGCUUUUUAUAAAGCAUUUCAUUUAUUGGAGAGAGAACAUAAUCAAGGACAAACACCGUUACACACCGCUAUUAUUUGUCGUAAUGAAUCAAUAAUUAGUUCCUUGUUAUUAUGCGGUGCCAAAAUUUCAUCAGUAGAUGAUCAUUUAAAUACGUCUCUACAUUUAGCGGCUAAGGUAAAUCCAUCCAUACAAAUUUUGAAAAUGCUUUUGAGGGAUGAUAGCGAGCACGAGAAAAUAAGCGAUAUCUUAGAUAUGGAAAAUUCAGAUGGUGAUACCGUUUUGACGAUUAUGAUCAAAGAAAUAAAAAAUUUGGAAGCCGUUAAGUUACUUUGUCAGAAAAGCGCAGAUAUUAACAAGAUAUGUCCGAAGAAUGGUUAUGUUCCUAUAAGAAUGGCUAUUAAUGGUCAAACAGUAGAUAUAUUUGAGUAUUUUUUAACUUUAGAAAAUAUAAAUCUAAACAUUAAAGAUUUUAUUGGUAUACCACCUUUGACUGCGGCACUUGUUUCAACUAAUUCGGAAAUAAGAUCUGCAGCUCAAAAAUACAUGGAAGAAAAAAAUCGACAAAUCGAAGAAUUAGAUGCUCUUUAUAAUGAUGUUAGUGUUUUUACACCAGAAUCUUGGGAUACUUUGUCAACGAUUUUUGAUUGAAUUAUAAGCCGGACAGUACCCUGGAUUUUCUUCCAUAAGCGAUAAGCAAAGUGUAUAAAUAGUUUAUACUGAUUAAAAUUCUAAACCUGA